AUGUCCAACACAACCGGGAGAGGGCAUGGGGGUCUUAAUCAACUAGGUGGCAUGUUUGUGAAUGGACGUCCGCUCCCGGAAAUCAUCCGGCAGCGCAUCGUGGACAUGGCUCACCAGGGUGUGCGCCCCUGUGACAUCUCUCGUCAGCUACGGGUCAGCCACGGCUGCGUCAGCAAGAUCCUCGGCAGAUACUAUGAGACAGGGAGUAUAAAACCUGGGGUGAUAGGUGGUUCGAAGCCAAAGGUCGCCACCCCAAAAGUGGUGGAGAAGAUAGCGGAAUACAAGCGACAGAAUCCCACCAUGUUCGCCUGGGAGAUCAGGGACAGGCUUCUCGCCGAGGGAGUGUGUGACAGCGACACGGUGCCCAGCGUCAGUUCCAUCAACAGAAUCAUCCGGACAAAGGUGCAGCAGCCAUUCAACAUGACCUUGGAGAGCAAAAGCCUCAGCCCAGGUCACACACUAAUUCCAAGUUCGGCGGUCACCCCUCCUGAAUCGCCCCAGUCGGACUCCCUGGGUUCCACCUACUCCAUAAGUGGCCUACUUGGUAUUCCACAAACCAGCUCAGACGGCAAGAGGAGUCAUGACGACAGUGACCAGGAGAGCUGUCGGCACAGUGUAGACUCUCAGGGCAGCGGUGGAGGACCCAGGAAGCAGCUGAGGCACGAACAUUUCCCAUCUCAGCACUUGGAUUGCGGCUUCGAGCGGCACCACUAUACGUCUGACACGUUCAGCUCUAGCGCGGCCAGCAAAACCGAGCAGUCCCUGUAUCCCUUGGCUCUUUUAAACGGAAGUCUAGACGAGACCAAGAGCAGCCUCGCGACAUCCAGCGCUGCCAUUGGGCGAAACCUGGCGACACACCAGGGCUACGCAGUGGUCACAGAUCCACUACAGCCCUUACCCAUCUGCCUGAAGCAGGAAAUGUCACCAGACGGAGCCAGCUCAAACCAUUCCCCCAACGUUUUAGGCAACUCGACGUUCUUGGACAUGGGCUCCGUUUCAGCUUCGUCCUCGGUGCCCGUGGGUAACGGUGGCAGCACCUCCAUGCAUUUCUCUCAUCCCUUCAACUCAUUUCCACAUCACGCACCGGUGUACAGUCAGUUCAGCAGCCAGUCUCUCAUCACAGGACGAGAUAUGGUGAGCUCCACUCUCCCUGGAUAUCCUCCACAUAUUCCUUCUGCCGGUCAGACAGGUUACUCAUCCUCAGCCAUCACGGGGAUGGUGGCAGGUGCAGAGUACUCAGGUCAGACCUACGCACACCCAACCUACACGUCUUACGGUGACGCGUGGAGAUUCACCAACUCCAGCAUACUAGGUUCACCAUAUUAUUACAGUUCUGCUUCUCGCACAGCUCCCCCAACCACUGCAGCCUACGACCACCUAUAG